CUUCUAAAUCAGCAAAUUUUUGCCCCACAAAGGUUGCAGUUCAUCUGACACAUCAUAUGCUGUUAAAAUUAUGCAAAAGGAAAACUUGCCAGCGGUAGCAAUGCAGCUGGUGUCCUGGAAGGUCCGUUGGGUACUUACUUAGAACUAAGGGACACAAACGGCUUUUGUGAUGACGUUUAUUAUCAUGUUGCCAUCGCUGGACACCAUCCUGCAUUGCUAAGUGCUGCUUCUGACCUCUGCGAUCCAUGGUGCUCUUUGCCUGACUCAGGCUUGAGAAGGUUAUGUUAACAGAUGACCUUAACGAACUUCUAAAAGACAGCACUGUCGGCCAACUAAUUAUCAUCGAACCACCGAAUCCCAGCAUCUUCUACUCCAGCCACCAAAAUGGAAGAAAAUGCCAACACCAGCUUCGAAGAAGAUUUUGAAGGACAAGCGACACACACAGGGCCCAAAGGUGUGAUCAAUGACUGGAGGAAGUUUAAACUAGAAAGCAAAGAUAGAGACUCUCUAUCUUUGAGCAAGAAAGAAAUUCUUAGACAAAUGUCUUCACCACACAGAUCUUUCAGUAAAGAGGAUAAAGACACCAGAGAGAGAUUCUGCCGCAAGAUGAGCAUGCAGGAGUAUGAAUUAAUUCAUGAUGAGCAAGAAGAUGAAAGUUGCCUACAAAAAUACCGCAAACGCUGCAUGCAGGAUAUGCACCAGAGGCUGAGUUUUGGGCCAAAAUACGGUUAUCUGUGUGAGCUGCAGAACGGGGAACAGUUCCUGGAAGCUAUCGAGAAAGAACAUAAAACCACCACUGUCAUCGUCCACAUUUAUGAAGACGGCAUCAAGGGCUGCGACGCUCUCAACAACAGCUUGACCUGCCUGGCGGCCGAGUACGCCACCGUCAAGUUCUGCAAGAUCAAGGCCUCCGACACGGGGGCUGGCGACCGCUUCUCCAACGACGUGCUGCCCACUGUCCUCGUCUACAAGGGUGGGGAGCUCCUGAGCAAUUUCAUCAGCGUUUCUGAACAAUUCAAUGAGGAGUUCUUUGCUGGGGAUGUGGAGUCUUUCCUAAACGAGUAUGGGCUGCUACCCGAAAGGGAGCUUCCAGCACUGGAUAACGGCAACGCGGACGAGCAAGAUGUUGAAUAGCUAGAGCGCCGUAGUCCUCGCUGUCUCCCUUCCCUCUUCAGUGUGGUGUAAAUCAAUCUCAGUAACACCCGCCUCAUUUAGAGAAGGCUGCCUUUGCUAACUUAUUUGUAAGAUACACAUAUGUAUACAUUGCUUAACUGUUAGUAUGUGAAUUUUAUUUAAAACAUAUACGACUGGCAGUCCUGUACAUAAUUAUUGCUAUGCCAGCUGCAAGUAAUAAGCACAGGAGAAAAUACUGGUGGUGUUUAAAAAUACAAGGAAAAAUAAAAAAUGAGGGCAAACGUGUAUCUCCAUUAAGCACAAGGAGAACUGAAUUCCAACAGGAACAGGAUGGAUCCAUCCCUCUGUAUACACAAAAAGCCAUCUCCAUGCUCCGGAGUUACGGACAGCCCUGGCUCUGCAGAUUCACAUCUACUGGGUUCAGUAGGAACACGAUUUCAUCUGGCGCUUUUAAGGACAAACAAACAGCCCGAUGUCCUUGCACUCCUGAAUGGCUUAGGUACCUAGGAUGUUAUUUUAUGCUUCUGCAUUUAACUUUUAGUAUUCAUGAAAAUACGGAUGUUAGCUCAGCGCUUUGGUAAGUUUGCCAUCCAAACAGCUAGCACAGACACAUUAUCAGCUAAUUGUUGCUCCAUAUUUUGAACAGUGAUUUUUAAAAUGUCUGGGAGUUACUGAGGAAGUAUAUUGUGCUUAUGUAAUUUCUCUGAAUAAAGCUUAACAGCUCUCAAAACCUGCCAUUAGAAGUGUGAGAUACAUUGGGAAUAUUUAAUCUUAAAAACAUCUGGAAUAUUAGUAAACACUCAUUAGACGUUUACUAAACUCAAAGUGUUGAGUUUUGCUAAAGGGAUGCUGCUGGGUAGUACGAUUUAAUAAUCUGUUUGAGAAGAUGACACAGGGUAAACUCACUUUAAAACCUCCUUUCUCUGUAG